AUGCCGCGCGGUGGAAGAAGAGGUGGCGCUCGUGCGCCACCACGCAAUGCCCCUCGCUUUCGCCCUCCUGGUGGCACAGAGCGGCAUGCACCCAGCUUCAUUCCUGCGAUGGCCUCAGCCGGUUUCACAUUGCAAGACGAAGCCCGCAGCACCGCUCAUCGCUCGUCACCCUGGAGCAGUGAUUCAAAACUACGCCAUAGGCCGGUUGCCUUUAUCAAUACUGGAGCCGCAGAGCCCCUCAAACAACUAGAGAGCAUCUUACAGAAGGAUGAGGUGGGGUUUACAAACAGACCUCAAGCGGAAACCGAUGGACAAAAUACUACCCAUGAUCGAGCCGCCGAUACACCUUCCACCGAACUUGAGCCUGCCUUUUCGCUUGACGAAGCCCUCAACCACGAGGCAACACCGGUUGAUGAUGCCGUACAAAUUACAGAUGCCUCUCUAGGCCCGCAAGAGGCAGAACAGGCUAUGAUCCCUCGAGCGGAUGACGUCACUGGCGCUGAGGCUCCCGUCACACAGGAUACAGCAUCGCCUCUUCCAUUCUUCUUCGACGUUGUGGGAGAGAAUCAACUGCUUGACACAUCUGUGGAUCGAACUCCGACUCGUUCUCCGUCGCCUGCGCCUUCCAAUUCGAGUGAGGAGGUCAUUCUGUUCCGAGGUCGCAACAAGGUCCCCAGGGAUGGACAAAGUUCAAAGUCCAAGGCCAAAUCAAAGCUGAAAACCUUCAACCUGGGCGGCAUUUCCACGGAGAUCAACGUCCUGGAGAAGACGGUCAAGUCGAGGAAAGACAGCCGCCAAAAUGUGCCUGUGAAGACCGCGGGAAGCUCUAUACAGCAAUCUCGUCCAAAUGCCGUCAAAGAUUUGAAGCGACAGGAGGAAGAUGACUUGGUUGCUGACUAUAUUGCCAACAUGAGGGAAUAUGGCGAGGACGAAGCCCUGAUGCCUGCGAAAGCCUACUCUCGCCGUGACAUUGGCGGUUCUUUGAGUGAGUCCGACGGUAUCGAUGACUCGUUCCAGACCAUUGUAGCCACGAGCAAGACUAAGGAGUCAUCAGACGGCAACAGCGAUCCGGAGUGUAUGUCAGCAGAUGCCGGAGAGGUUCCUCGAGCGAGCGACAAGAGGCCUAUCCGUACUACACAGAGGCGAUCCGGAAGGGGCAAAAGCACGCAAGAUGAUCAUGCACUGAUAGGCAUUUUUGAGACGGAUGUGUCCUAUCUGGCAUCACUCGAGCAAUCCCAUGCUGAAGACGCAUCGCCGCAUUCGGAUUCAAGCGACCAAGACGACGAUAUCUUUACAUCAGCUGCAGACAGAUUUGCGAAUGAGAUCGACGAUUUCGAUUUCAUGGACUGGAGCCGCCCGGCUCUGAAGCCCAAGAAGGGCAAGGGUGCCAGAGGCAAGGUUCCCGUAUUUGACGUUUCGGACUCCGAGCUAGAGGGCAAGAUGAAGGCCGCGUGGAAGAAUGACCGCUUGAAAAAGGCCGAGAGGAAGAAAGAGCGCCAGGCCUUGCGUACUCAAGGUCUGUUAGGUAAACAUGCCAACCCGGAAGAUCUCAGAGUCAAAUACCCGCACGGGAUGGGGCUUGAACAAAUCGCCGAUGAGCUGAGGACGUUCCUCUUGGGCACGCAACCUAGUCUCACUUUGCCGCCCAUGGACAAUCAUGCUCGGAAGGUGAUUCACGAACUGGCCAGCAAAUUCAAUAUCAAAUCCAAGUCGACAGGGUCGGGUGAUCAAAGGCGACCCAUGCUCCACCGGACUUUCAGGACCGCCAAAUUUGCUGAUGAGAUCUUCGAUAUGGCCAUUGCUCGGGUCGGUCGCAAAUACUUCCCCCGCAACGAUUCAGCAGUGCGAGCCGCCGUGCACAGGCAAUCGGCUCGGCGUGGAGGUGGCGGCGGGCACGCUGGCGUCGCUUAUCGGGAUGGUGAGGUCGUCGGAGGGUCCGCGCCAGAGUUGAGCCAGGAAAAUAAAGGUCGCGCGAUGCUCGAGAAAAUGGGCUGGAGUAGCGGAACCGCACUAGGCGCGCUUAACAACAAAGGCAUUCUGCAGCCUGUCGCCCAUGUUGUCAAACGUAGCAAGGCCGGGCUCGGAUAA